CAGUUCGCGGCGGCCGCAUCAGUUGGCCGAUGCUCGGCGUCGCGGCACGAUCGUUCACCGCCGCCAUCUUGAAUUUACGAAACGCGGGCUAUUUUUUUAAUAAAAAUAAACUAAACGUGUCAACUGUGCCGUUUCCAGUCGUAUUUACACAAAUGUGUACGAAGCUUUAUGUGAAAAAACCGAAGUGAAUCAUACUUUACUGACAGCAUAUCCGAACGGAUUUUAAAUAUUUAAAAAGUAACCAAGCAUUCCAAAUUGAAAAAAAAAAAAACUAACGUUUAAUUUAGUGUUGCCAUAUUAACAUUAACAAGCUUUUUUAAUACUCAAUAAGGCAGACAUUUACGUGAGUAAUAACAGAAAAAAAAAUCGUGUCAAGAUCAAUAAAGUGUGUGUCAAGGGGUUUCUGCAACUUUCCUUUUGUAGAACAAGUUGACUGGAUGACAUCGAUCGUGAUAAAAUAGUGGUGAAUCGUUUAUAUACGACCUCUUACCUUACACGGGCUUAUUGUGGAUGGAUUUUGGCGAAUCCUUUCAUAAUAACUUGUUAAGCGUCAGUGGACCCAAAAAAAAGUGCUCACAAAAAAAAGUGCUAACCCAAAAAAUUAAAGUGAAGUUGAUAACUAUGAAAAGUGUGUGUGCGUGAAAAUGUCGACACAAGCGUACUACAAGGAGCGACUGGGUUUCGACCCUCAAGAGGUGAUGCAGGAUGGGGUGAACGGCGGCGCGUACUACGAAGGUCCCCAUCCUUCGAAACGGCACAGGGGUGAAUCUGCUGACACCCAUGAUCAGGUUUACGAGGAGAACUUGACCAAAUUCAAAGGUACAACUUGUUGGGGAUUCUUUAUUCAACAGUCAGAUGAACGUGAUGCCAUACAAAAGAAGACGUUCACUAAGUGGGUCAACAAACAUCUCAAAAAGGUGAACCGUCACGUGAACGAUCUAUUCGAAGACCUGCGCGAUGGACUCAACCUCAUUUCGCUGCUGGAGGUGCUUUCUGGCGAACACCUCCCGCGCGAAAGAGGCCGCAUGCGGUUCCACAUGCUGCAGAACGUCCAAAUGGCUCUCGACUUCCUCCGCUACAAGAAGAUCAAGCUCGUCAACAUCAGGGCUGAGGACAUCGUCGAUGGCAACCCCAAGCUGACCCUCGGCCUGAUAUGGACCAUCAUCUUGCACUUCCAGAUAUCCGACAUCGUAAUCGGUCAGGAAGCGAACGUGACAGCCCGCGAAGCACUGCUGAGCUGGGCUCGGCGCUCCACUGCCAAGUACCCUGGCGUGAGGGUAGCAGACUUCACGUCAUCAUGGCGAGAUGGACUGGCCUUCAACGCGCUCAUACACAGGAACCGCCCUGAUCUGAUAGACUGGCGUAAUAUCAGAUCAAGACAAGUCCGUGAGCGCUUGGAGACAGCCUUCCAUGUGGUCGAGAAGGAGUACGGAGUAACCAGGUUACUGGACCCCGAAGAUGUGGACACCCACGAGCCCGACGAGAAGUCUCUGAUCACGUACAUCUCGUCCCUGUACGAGACGUUCCCGGAGCCGCCCGCGGUUCACCCGCUGUUCGACGCGGAGUCGCAGCGGCGCGCCGCCGCCUACACCGAGCAGGCCGCACAGCAUCGCGCCUGGUUGCACGAGAAGUGCGCACUUAUGCAGGACCGUGCUUUCCCGUCAACUUUGAUCGAAAUGAAGAAGCUGCUCAGCGAGAGCACGCGGUUCCGCCAAGAAGAGGUGCCGCUCAGGCAGCGCGAGAAACAAAAGCUCUUCCAUCACUACAGGGAAUUAGAGAAAUACUUCGAAUCAGUAGGCGAGUGCGACAUCGAGCCGACGCUGCGACCCGACGCGUUAGAGCAGGCGUGGUCACGUCUCCUCAUGGCGCAGCAAGAGAGGGAGCGAGACCUCACUGACGAGAUCCGACGCCUCGAGCGGCUGCAGCGACUUGCUGAGAAAUUGCACAGGGACAUAAAACAAACCGAAGGCGGUCUUGACAGCGUAGAACGCCACAUCGAGAGCGAGAUCCGACGCGUAGAGCGCGGCGUUCACCCCGCGGACGCGAAGCUCGCUGCCGAACAAAUCGAACAAGAACUCAGAGCUAUGGAGCAUACUAUACAGGAAAUGUUCCAGGACUCCCAUGCCUUGAGGGACGGGAGAUAUCCUCAAGCUGCUGAUUUGCAUCGACGCGUCCAACAAGUCCACGAUCGUUGGCUGAACGCCCGCCAAUCCUUCACCGGGCGUCUGGUCCCGCGCCUCUCAUCCGUGCGCAUGCCGGUCCAACAGACCACGGUCCGCCGUGAGACCCGCACCGUGUUGGAGACCAGAGUCCAUGACGCUGACCCGAAGUUCCAGCAGCUCAGUGAGGCUACGAGAUGGUGUAAGGAGAGAUUGAAAAAACUCCACGAAUCGGACUACGGUUCUGAUUUGCCGUCAGUUCAGCACGAGCUGGACAAACAUCAGAGAGAGCACAAACAGAUCGACCAGUUCCAUUCUAAGGUGGAACAAUGCGUGCACAACCGCUCGAACUUCAGCGGAGAAGAGCUGAACUUGUACAAUCAACAUCUCAGUCAGCUGCAGAAGUUGUAUGCUGAACUGCUGUCUACCAGUACUAAACGCAUGUCAGACCUAGACGCUCUCCAAGACUUCUUACAAUCAGCGACAGCUGAACUCAACUGGUUGAACGAGAAGGAGCAAGUGGAACUCUCACGCGAUUGGGCAGACCCACACAUUAAUCUGCCUGCUGUACAACAUUAUUAUGAGCAACUGAUGUCAUCGCUAGAGAAGCGAGAACUACAGUUCAGCAACGUCAUCGACCGUGGAGAAGCGCUCAUCGCUCAACACCACCCCGCUACCAAAACUAUCGAGUCUCAUCUGCAGGUGAUGCAGUCGCAAUGGGCGUGGGUGCUACAACUGACUUUAUGUCUUGAGACGCAUCUCAAGCAUACCACACAGUACCACAACUUCUUCGAAGAGGUCAAGGAGGCCGAGAAAUGGAUACAGAAACGCGAAGAAGCCCUAAACACAACAUUCUCGCAGUCCGAAUUCACCCUGGACCAAGGUGAACGACUUCUCAAAGGCAUGCAGGAACUUCGCGAGGAGCUGAACUCUCACGGAGGCCUCGUGUCGCGCCUCGUAGAGGACGCGCAGGAGAUCCGCCCUGUGAAGCAGAGGAGGGCCCCUAUUACGAGGCCUAUUAGGGCCGAAACUGUUUGCGCUUAUAAGCAUGCUAAUAUGAGUAUCGAGAAAGGCUCAGCAGUGACAGUAGUGGACAACAGUGGCCGCAGUAGAUGGCGCGUGCGGCUAGGCGGAGCCGGCACCGACGUGCAGCUGCCGGGCGCCGUGCUGGCACUGCCGCCACCCUGCCACGACGCCGUCGACGCCGCCGCCAGGCUGCGCAGCGCUUACGAUAGGGUAAUUCAACUAUGGCAGAGGAAACAGCUGAGGAUGCGUCAGAACAUGAUCUUUGCUACCAUCAAGGUGGUGAAAGGAUGGGAUUUCCCACAAUUCGUAGCCAUGGGCGCGGAACAACGCCAAGCCAUCAGACGCGCGCUGAACGAGGAUGCAGAGAAACUCCUCGCGGAAGGUGACCCUGCUGACCCUCAGCUGAGGAGACUGCGCCGAGAGAUCGAUGACGUCAACCGACUGUUCGACGAGUUCGAGCGAAGGGCUAGGGCUGAAGAGGAAUCGAAGAACGCCGCCCGCAUAUUCACAGAGCAGUCAUCGAACCUUCUAGAACGCCUGGAUGUGCUGGAACGACAGCUGCACGAGAGGAUCGCGAGCCACAUCCCUCGCGAUCUCGACACGUUGGAACACCUGGUGCUGCAGCAUAAGGAUUGGGAGACCAGUGUACAUGCGCUGAACAGCGAUGUGGAGGAAGUACAGGCUACGUUUAGAGGCAUUGCUCUCAAGACUCCCGCUAUGAAGAAGAGCCUCGACAAGGUGAUGGGCAAGUGGAACGACAUGCAGACCAAGAGCCAACUCUUUGUCGAAAGGCUGAAGUUCGUGGAGAUCGUAGUGAACAGCAUGGAGGAGAAUCACCAGACGAUAUCAGAGUUCGAGAUCAAACUCGCUCAGUUCAACGACCUGCCGAAUGAUGUUGAACUGUUGAAGGAUAUGCACGAAGAUCUUCUCCGCAUGCAAGUAGCAGUAAGCAAGCAACAGAUCCAAGUAGACCAAAUGAAUGAUGACGCGGAGAACUGCCGCCGUCUGGUAGAAACCUCUCGAGCUGGUCUCCCGCACUCCUCACUGCCGAGAGCAGGGAAACACAUCGACCUGGAGAGACUGGAUAAGGAAGUCUCUCAGCUGAAUAAUAGGUGGAAUAAUGUGUGCAGUCAGUUGGCUGAGAGACUCCGUAGCUGCGAAGCGGCCUACCAACUCCUGCGCAACUACAGCGCCGGCCUAGAGAAAGAGGCUGAAUGGAUCGACGAUGCAUACAGCAAGUUGCAGGCUCAGCCUCCCAUCGAAGUCAAGCCCAGGGAACACUUCGAACCAACCAGGAAUCUACUUACUACCGUCGUGGAGAGGACACCUAAGAUUGAAAAGGUUAACGUUGAUGGUGGCAGAUACAUAAGGGAGGCUAAGAUUUACUCGUCCCGCUGCCAACGAUACGCCGAAUGGCUAUGCGAUGAGGUCCACCCAUCCCUCGACAUGCGCCAACUUCGUCGUCAAGCCGACAUCGAGCUGGCCGAGCGCUUCCGAGCGAGGGGCCGAAGUGAUCCCGAACGGAUCCCGAGUGGAUCCGAGGCUGUGGCGAGGGAACUGGAUGAUCUGAACGCGAACUACCAGAGACUCAUGGAUAUGCUGUAUGAGAGGCUUCGAAGGAUCGCCGCCGCUAAUCCGGGAGACAUCGUCACUUUGCGUCUCGUUGAGGCGAUGGCGCCUCGAUCGGCGCGGUCAUUCCGCCAGGAGUUCAAUAUGCAAGACUUGACCACUGAACAUACUUAUACUUCGCAUUAUACCACAGAAAAAUACGUCAGAACGUCACACUCAACCGAGCUAGACGGUCAACCAGUUAUAAAAUCCAUGACCAAUGGCAAAUUAAAUUCACCUAAUUACACAACGAAAACAAUCAUAACAGAAGAUGACAGACCUGACGUAAGAAAACUAAAACGAGUCCACAGAAUGUAUGAAGGACCAAACAUUAUUGAAUCUAAAGGUAUAUUGCAUCCCGAGACUAGAGAAAUACUCACAGUCGGUCAAGCAAUCAGUAUGAGAAUACUUGAUGUUCGAACGGGAAGAUUGCUAUCAGCCCCCGACACAAGACAGACAAUGACUAUUGAACAAGCAGCCCAAGAAGGUCUCAUAGACCCUAAACUGGCUGCACGGUUAACAGGACCGUGCGGUAUGACAGAAGACGGAAACGAAGUCACAUUAUUAGAAGCUAUACAGAGAGAAUUAUAUGAUGCGGAACAAGGACUAUCAGAUCCUGCAGAGAAGAGAAUCAAGGUAACUGUUGAAGGCGAACAGUCAUCACAAGGAAUGAGUAUCUCGGAUGCAUUGAAUCGAGGACAAGUUGAUUUACAAAGAGGUCUAUACAGACUACCAAAUGGAAGCUACAUAACUAUUGCCGAAGCCUAUCAAAGAGGAUACCUCAUUUAUAACGAGAUUAUCAAAAUAAAAUCGAGUGCUUUGUGUCUGUCUGACGCAAUUAGUCAAGAUUUAGUUGAUAAUAGCGGUUGGAUUUUGGAUAGGAAUUCGGGCGAUAGAUACCAAAUUGACAUUGCUAUUCAAAAUGAACUUAUUAAUCCUAAUAUUAGGGAAGUAGUUGAUCCUAAAAAUGAUACUAAAGUAACGCUUGCUGAAGCGAUAGAGAAGAAUAUUAUCAAUACUAAACAUUCUAAAUACAUUCAUACAGUAACUAAAGAAAAACUUACUUUCAAAGACGCGGCAAUCAAGCGGUAUAUUUGCAAACCCAUGACACUCAAAGACGUCUGUGACAACAAUCUUAUGACCAACGAUGGUAAGAUUCUAUCUCCUGCUAAUCGGGCUCCUUUGAACAUCCUUGAAGCUAUUUCAGCAGGCGUUCUAGAUAGCGAUAACGUAAAAUGCAUCACAAAUACAACGACAGGCGGUCUCUUAACGCUGUCGGAGGCUUUAGGCGCAAAAAUAAUUUUACAUGACAAUAAAUUCCGCGAUAACCUUACAGGAGAAAUAUGUACUAUUCCUGAGGCAGUAGACCGUGGGCUCAUAACUUCUGUUUCUCAAAGAUCCAUUUUCGAUAUAGACGGUUUCAAAGAUCCAAAAACAGGAGAAUUCGUAUCCUUCAACAUUGCUCUAAGCAAAGGCAAUCUCAAAUACGUAAACGGUGAGACUUUCCUUAAAUCUGAAACUGGAGACUGGGUAUUCUUAGAAGACUGCACUAAGGUGUCUUUAGUUAGGGCUGAAGUUUUAGAAAUGUUUAAUCGUAAGAUAGGCGUGUAUGAGAAUGGUAAGGAAUUGUCAGUUUUAGAUGCAGUUUUCAAAAAUGUUCUAGAUCCAAAGACUGGUCAUUUGUUAGACUCAACAACCAAAAGGCCUAUUCCUUUCAACAAAGCUGUAGAAAUAAAUAUGAUUACUCCCGAAGGCGCGGCUUUACUAAAUUCGCUUCUUAAUAUUACACUUACUUUACAAACUGUUACCAAGACAGUUAAGCGCUAUGUAACAGUAACUAAUACAAGUGCUACGCAGAGAUCUGAAACAAUAAUCACGUUCGCAGAGGCGAUAAGACGUGGACUUAUUGAUGAAAAUACACAAACCUUUACUGAUCCUACCACUGGAACAGUGUUCCCAAUACAACAAGCCUUAGACGAAGGCUUGCUAGGAGUCGAAAAGAACGAACCACGCGUUGUCCAUAUAUCUGAUCGUGUUAGCAAGAAGGAUUUGGUACCCGGCCAAGUAGUCGAACUUAAAAUUACGAAAAAGUCGUAUAUCAAAGAUUUACCACCAAGUCCUGAAGGUAAAGUGCAAAGAGAUAGUAGUAGGCCAGAAACUGUUAAAAGCCCUGACUUUGCCAUUCACGAAAUGCAACCGCGCGAGGGUAUGGUACAAGAAAUUAGGACAGUUACUUCAAAAUCGGUCGUUAGUGAACCUACGGUUACUUCUAUGACUAUUAAAAAGAACACAAUAGAGUUACCACGCGGUGGUUGGACAUUAAAGGAAGCUAUUCAACAAAAUCUGUUUGACCCAACUACCGGUAUGUUUAUUAUUCCUGGCACAGACAGAGUUUUAGAUCUGGAGGAGGCUAUUAAGAUUAAUAUUGUCAACGGUGACUCUGCAAAUGUAGUAGAUCCCAAAUCUAGAAAAGAAGUUCCACUUUACCGAGCUUUAGAGUCACGUAUAAUCGAUAGUACAGGUCAUUACAAACAUAAAACUGAAAUUAUCACAAUGAAAGAGGCAAUCGAACGUAGGUUCAUUACUUUCAUUCAAUUAACUUCAACAACACAUUCACAAAAAGUUAUUACUAUAACGUCAGUAGCGGGCAUGCCUGACAAGAUGGAAAUAUCUGAAAUGUAUGAUACUCCGUCUCAUGAAACUAUUUCCGAAGAUCAAUCUGCCUUAGAACCUGUUCAGGUUACACCUGGAGUCAUCUUUGAUCCCGCCACUGCUUUAGUUAUUUCCACCUCGUCAGGUGUAUCUGAAAACGUUUUAGAAGCAGUAGACCGCGGAAUACUGCCAGCAAAUAGUGUCAAAGUAAUUGAACCUCAAUCGGGUAGGCCAAUAUCACUAAAACAAGCCGUUGAUAAAGGUAUUGUCAAUCCAAAAACAGGUGAAUAUACGGACAAGACAGGGAAGAGAAUAACUCUAGUUGAUGCAGCUAAAAUAGGUCUGGUAGCUGUGGUUGGAGCACCUUUAGUUGCAGCAUCUAAAGUUAUUCAAGUGGUUAAAAGUACGAUGGUUGUGGACCCUCAAACAGGUGAAAAUCUGCCAAUGGAAGUCGCUUAUGAAAGAGGUUUAGUAGAUCCAAUAACAUACAAAAAAUACGAGGAAUCAAUUAGGGAUAGAACUCCUGACAUGGAGGUAACUGAAGAAGUUAAGACUUCUAGUACCAGUAUUGUGACCUAUUCACAAGUUACCACGACAAAAACAUUACCAUCUGAAACUACCAUAACAGUUGUAGUAGAUCCAAAAACUGGGGAGAAGCUACCCAUUGACGUAGCGUACGAAAGAGGCCUCAUUGACCCAGUAUCAUACAAAAAAUAUGAACUGUCGAUAAAAGAAAAAUCUCCUGAUUUUGAACAAAGAUUAAUUAGUUCACCAAGCUCUAGUGGCGUUACGUUCACACAAGUAUCCAGUGUUACUACCCCAGACAAAAUGGUCACUAUGGUUGUUGACCCCAAAACGGGUGAGCAGCUUCCUAUUGAAGUUGCAUAUGAAAAGGGAAUUCUAGAUCCUAUUACAUACAAAAUAUACCAAGAUGCUGUUGCUAUUAAACAGCAAGAAGUCCAACCUGUAACAGGUAAAACUGUUCCGGGUACAAGCACAGUUACAAUCUCUCAAGUAAGCAAGCCCGUAUCCGUCGGUGCGGCAGUUUCUGAGGGAUUCAUUACUGUGGAAUCAAUUCAAAAUAGUCUUUCUGCAGAUAAUAGAAGAGUUAUUGAAUCUCCUACAACCACUGAUAAAACGAAAACAAAACCAACUGAUGUGGUCCAAAUCAUCAAGUCUACAAUUAGUACUAAGCCUAAGUAUAAAGUUAACAUUGGCAGGGAGCAAACGCCUGAAGCUCAGGUCUUAGAAAAACCAGUAGUGUUACAAAAACUUAGGAAACAUGUCGUUACUCCUCUCGAGGCUGUCGAACAGGGAUUGGUAGAUAAAGAAACAGCUAAAAUUCUAGAAUCUGUAAGAGUGUACAAGGAUGAAAGUGGUUCACCUAUUACACUUGAAAUAGCAAUAGAGAAAGGUAUUAUUGAUGAAAACAAAGGCAAAAUUGUGGAUCCAGUUCGAGGUGAUGUUCUUACCAUAAAGGAGGCCAUAAAGAGAGGUAUUUUGGAUAUUGAGGGUCAGGAUGAAGUAUUGAUCCCGUUAGCUAGGAGUCUAACUAUUCCAGAAGUUCUGGAGCAGGGACUUCUUGAUCCAGUAACGGGCAAAAUAGUUCAUCCUGAAACUGGAAGCCUCUUAACUUUAAGGGAAGCUAUCAUUUGCGACAUUGUAGAUCCUUUAUCUAGCAUUACUCUUGCGCCUGGAAAGAAGAUCACAUUGGCGGAAGCCGUUGAAAGGAAUAUUAUAGAUAAUGACAAGAAUGUCGUUAAAACAAGUGAUGGACCACUCGAUUUCGUAUCAGCAGUAAACGCGCAGGUGUUCUCUGAUUCUGAAAUCAAGCCCAUCAUUGAUAUUCCGCCAGCAGCCAUGACACUAAAUAUUGCGAUCAAGAAGAACCUUAUAAAUCCACAUACAGGAGAGAUGAAACAUCCUCUAACAGGAGAAAUGACGCCUGUGGGCGAUGCUGUUAAGAAAGACCUGAUCAUGGCCAUUCCUUACCCUCAAACAUCAGAGACCAUAACGCUGGAGGAAGCUCUUGAUAAAGGAGCUGUAAACCUCAAACAAGCUACAUUUACUGAUCCCAAGUCUAAAGAAGUCAUUCCAUUGGAUAAGGCUUUAGAAAAAGGUCUUCUAGCUGUCAAACCUAUGACAGAUAUGCAAGCAACUGGUAUUAUAACCACUACUACUGAAACGUUUACGUCUCAGCACACAGUCACGACUAAAAUGAUCGAACUUCUUGCUGAUUACGUUCUCGUGAGCUCAAACGAGGUUCAAAAUACCAAGACUGGAGAAAUAAUAUCUAUUGAUGAGGCUCGCCGCCAAGGUAUUAUUCGAGAUGAACAAACAAGCAAGGAACAAUUUACGACUAAUGAUACGAACUUCAGUUUUGAAGAUGCACUUAAUCUCGGAUACAUUAACAUCGAAACAGGUACAUUUACACACCCUAAGACUGGUGAAACGGUAACGAUUUCUGAAGCCGUUACCACUGGGCUAUUAAAUACUGAAGUUCCAUCAGAAUCAGGAAAAUCAAGUCCAAAGAAGCAAGUUUUAGAAAUGUUGGACCUAAAUGAGGCAUUUGAGCUCCUCUUUGAUGAGAAAACGCAGAAGUUUAGAGAUCCAAAGUCACCAAACAAAGUGCUCACAUUUAAAGAAGCACUUGACAAGAAAAUUAUUAACCCUGAUUCUGUUAUUUACAAUGUUGAAGCUGGAAAGCCAGUAACUUUGAAAGAAGCGCUUAAUUCGGGAUUAAUUGACAAGAAGACAGGAAAAUUGAAAGAACCUAAAACAGGCAAGUCCCUUGAUAUUAAAAACGCUGCAAAGAUGGGAUUAAUUGCUGUUGUCGCGGCUCCAGUAUUAGCUGGAAUGGCUGUUGUACAAGGAGCUAAGUCAGUUACCAGCAAGAUAAUGCAGCCUAAACAAGAACAAGCUGUUGAGUCUUCCAGUCGUAUUGUUACCUCAGAAAAGACCACAGUAUAUGAACCAGUUGGACAUGACAAAGACAAGAAAUCAUCGGAUAAGGAUAAGAGACCAAUUGUUUCUGAUGUUCACAAACCUGGAAAAGUGGAUGAUAAACCACAAAAAUCAUCACCACAAACACCAACAGCAGCAGAACAAACACCGAUAACUGUUAGUAAGACUGUAACUGUCACAAAAAAACCUGAUGCAUACGACAUUCAAGAAGAAUUAGUUGCAAGUCAGGAUACUACCGUAACUGAAAAUGUGGUUAUCGAAAAAACUACCAUUGUUACCAGUAAAGAUGAAAAGCCUGAAGAUGAACGCUUGAAACAAAAACCAAAAUCGAUUAAAGAAGCUAAACCCGACCAGCCGAGCACCGAUCUUGUCACCGAGCAGACAACUGUAACUGAGGUUCUUAAAAAACCUAAAGAACUCGUUCCUAAAGAUGUCGAUACUACGAAGGGUAAACAUAUUGCUGAAAAGCCUAGUCCGACAGUGGAUAUGGAACACGUAGUGUUUGAAGAGAAACCAGUGAUUCAAGAAUUCACAGAACGCACUGCUGAAGGUGAAGAAGUAGUUACUGUGACAAAAACUACUGUAACUAAAACCAUUUAUGAUACAGCAGAAGAAGCUGUACCAAGUGAUAAGCAAGAUCAAUCACCUACCAGCUUGCCUCAGCCAGGCAAAGAAAGAACACCAACUAGUGAAAGUAAAACUGUUGUCCAAGAAAAGACCACUGUUGUGACUAGCGCUCCUGAGCAAACUACAGUUAAACCCGCCGAUACACAAAUAUUACCAUCACAACGACCAGAAGACUUGAGUUCAAAGCCUGGUUACAGCUUUACGAAAUUCGAUGAUGGCCCGACCAUCGAAGAAAUCCAUGAGGUAACUCCCGAUGGAAAAGAAAUUACCAGAAUAGUUAAAACAACGGUAUCCAAGUCAGAGCCUACUGAGUUUAUUACUGAACAUAGUAGUACUGUGAUAACUUCCUCAUCCUCCACAUUUACCACCGUCGAAAUAACACAAAAUGAAUCAUCUUCAUACCAAGUAGUUACUGAAGAAACAAGUGGACCUCAGGACUACACAGAAACCGUUAUACAAGAAUAUCAGGUCACGGAAGCGCCAGAUGAACCUGAUGAUGUUCAAGCAACAAGACAAUACAAAGUGUCACCACCUAGUGAAAAAGAGGAAGGAACUGACAAAGACAGUGCACUUCCCAAAGGUGUAUUACCAACUGACAAAGUCAAAGAAGUUACAGAACCUAAAGAAAAACCUGCUAAGAUACAGAAAGAUCUUGAACCUGAGAAGCCUGUAGAAGUCGCUCCGGGUGUAAUUUACGACCCCAACACUUCAGUUGUUAUUUCUGCCAAGGAAGGGGUCGCUGAUAAUUUACUGGAAGCUGUAAAUAAGGGAAUAGUACCCGCAGAUACUGUUAAGGUUGUUGAACCAAAGACGGGUAAAGAAAUUACUUUAAAAGAAGCUAUUAAAAAGGGUGUUGUUGACAGCAAAACCGGAGAGAUUAAAGAUAAAUCUGGUAAAAAGAUUAGUAUUGGCGAUGCAGCUAAGAUAGGUUUGAUAGCCGUAGUCGGUGCACCUAUAUUAGCUGCUGCUAAAGUAGUCCAAGUAGUAAAGAACGCUGUCGUAGUUGAUCCUAAAACAGGCGAAAAGCUUCCAUUAGAUGAAGCACGUGAGAAAGGUCUUGUCGAUCCUGAUACUUAUAAGAAGUAUGAGCAAUUGAUCAAGACAACUACUCCUGAAGAAAUAACAACUGUAAGCUAUGAUGUGACUACUACUCAAGGGCCAACAGAAGUUACUUACACAGAGACUAUCAUUCAACAUGGUACUGUCACCACGACACAUACUAUUCAAGAACUUAGCAGUCAAACAACUGAGUCUCCCACAACAGUCAUCUCUGAAAUUACAACUUCUACCGUCCCUGAACAGAAAAUGAUUGGAGUAGGUAAAACAACACCAAUCAUUACUGUUAAUGAUGGUAAAUCUGUUUCUGCUAUGCUUAUCGAUGCUGAACGACAGCCUCUGAGAGUAAUUGAAGAGAUCACGGAACAAAAUGUAACAAAAGAAAAAUCUGAACCUAUCAAACCCCUUUACGAAAACAUACAACUAAUUGACGCUAUUGCACAAGGUAAAAUUGAACCUAAAGUUUGCAGAAUUAUCAUUAACGGUGUUGAGUCGCCACUCACAGUACAGGACUCUUUAGAACAGGAACAAAUUAGUAGGUUCGCUCCAGUUGAUGUAAUAUCUAAAAACUGCGUAGUAGUCAAAGAGCUUAAACCUAGUUACUCUGUAGCUAUUUCUCAAAGACUGACUCCGGAAGAGCUGUCUGAAAUGGGAGUAUAUGACAUAGAAAAACAGGUAUUCUUGAAUCCAGAAACUGGUGCUAAAAUUACUUUCGAAGAACUUGUUUACGGUUUACAGAUUUUCGACCCAGAAACUCUCUUAGUAAAAGAUUUAGGUUCUAAAUCUGACGAUUACAUCUCCUUUGAUGAAGCUAUUGCUAGACCCAUUAUCGAUAAAACAACAGGGCAUAUGGUUAAUCCUAAGACUGGUAAACGCGUACCUUUCCUAGAAUGCGUACAAUUAGGGUGGAUAGUUGAAAAACCAGAGGACGUCUCUAUUCCAGAACAGGUUACCAUUGAAUCAGCAUUAGAACAAGGUCUGUACAACGCGAAAACGGGUGAGAUUAAGGACGUCAAUACCGGAGCAUUAGUGCCGAUAGGACAAGCCAUUGAAAAGGGAUUAGUCGACCAGGAAUCUCUACUCAUUAAGGUACCCCGUACUAAUGAAAUAAUUUCUCUGUCAGACGCUAUUGAACGUAACAUCAUUGAAAUUCACGAGGGUGUUAUAACCAUCGUGGAAACACGUGAAAUUAUCGAAAUAUCUGUUGCUAUACAGCGCGGUUUUAUCACUGUUAUUCGUAGACCCAUUUCCAUCGAAGCGGUCAUUGAGAAUGAUAUGUAUGAACCUAAAACAGGUAAAAUUAAGGACAAAGUAACUGAACAAUUAGUUAGUGUCGGGGAUGCAGUAGAUAGGAAUAUCGUACAUCCAACCAUUUCAGAAAUUAAAGAUACUGCUUUAGAGAAAUUCGUUCCUCUUUCUGAAGCUCUUGAUACUAAAUUAAUUGAUCCUGAAACAGGCAAAAUCAAGGACAAAAAGACUGGUAAAGACAUUCCAUUAGACGAUGCAUUAAAGAAGGGAUUAGUUGCCACCAAAGCGGUGACCUUCUCUCUGUUUGAUAUUAUAGAAUUAGGAUAUUAUUCACCCGAAACCGGAAAAGUUAUGAACCCUAGAACUGGCCAAUUUAUUACAUUGAAGGACGCCAUACAAGAUAAACUUGUAGAUCCUUCUGAGGUUAAGAUCAAAGAUGAUAAAUCUGAAGCAGUUGUGCCAUUUGAUAAAGCAGUCAAGUCGGGUCUUAUUGAUUUAGAAAAGGGUGUUAUUACUUCCCCACUAUGUAAUCUCAAAGAUGCUUGCGAUAAAGGAUACUUGCUCAGUGACAAAAAGCCUUGGUCACUACAAGAAGGUCUUGUGCAAGGCUUCUACGACCCAGAAACAGGUCUUCUCACUAUAAAUGACGUUACCAUGACUCUUGAAGACGCAAUUAAGAUUGGUAACAUCAACCCCGAAGCUCUGACUGUAAGGAACUCUGUUACUGGAGAAAUUAUAUCAUUAGCGGAUGCCAUUAAAGUAGGUAUUGUUGACUCUAAAGAAGGUAAAGUUAGAGAUCCCAUUUACGGUGACAAGAUUUCCCUCACGGACGCUUCAGAGCGAGGUUUGAUUGUGCCUGCUAAACGUAAACUUAGCUUACCAGAAGCAGUCUUUAAAGGCUUUUACGAUCCUAAAACCGGCAAAUUCUCGAACCCUCUAAGCAAAGAAAAAAUACCUACCGAUAGGGCUAUUAAGAAACGUUUGAUUGAUCCGCAGUCUACAUUAGUUCACGCUGCUGGUAAAGUAAUUCCAUUCGAAUUUGCAGUGGAUAGAGGUAUCGUUGAUAGUAGGACCGGCACCAUCAGGUUAGGUGACGAGAAUAUUGAUUUCCGCGAAGCCUUCGAAAGGGGAAUACUUGUUGAGGUACGCAAACCAAUGUCUCUCAUAGAAGCACUUGAAAAGGGUGUUUACAAUGAAAUUACCGGACUUUUCAUGGACCCGCAGAGUGGCAAAAAAUAUACUUUAGUGGAAGCCAUCAAAAUGGGCUUAGUCGAUGCUCAUUCUGUUCACAUCUUAGACAACAGGCUAGGCAAAUGGGAUAAGAUUACUUUACCAGAAUCUUUAGAAACCGGGGUUAUUGAUGAUCAGACUGGUAAGAUUAGAAAUAUUAACAGCGACAACGAAGAGAUCAGUCUCCGUAAAGCAUUCGAAAUAGGUUUGUUAGUAGAUAGCAAGGCGCCUAUCAGUCUUCAACGUGCCUUACACCAAGGCCUUUACGAUGACAGUACCGGUAAAAUCAUCGAUCCCGCAACGAAUCGUAAGAUUACCUUGCAUGAGGCUAUUAGGAGAUCUAUCAUCAGUCCAAAAUAUCUUUGCUAUUUCGACAAGAAAUCUGAAAAACCUUUGUCGCUAGGUGAUUGUUGUCGCAGCGAGAUAAUCGACAGGAGAAGUGGCAAAUUCCAUGAGCCAGGUUCCGAUGUCGCCAUCUCACUGUCUGAAGCAAUGAGCUUAGGUCUUAUUGUAGAUAUUGAAAGCGCAGGAUUCACUCUAUAUGAAGCUUUAGCUAUGAAUAUGUACAGUAUCAACGAACUUGCAUUUAUACAUCCCGUUUCCGAAAGACCAAUCACUCUUAAGACGGCUAUAGCUGAGGAACUCAUUAACCCUGAGACCUCACUUGUAAAACAUAUUCCAAGCAGUAAAUAUAUCAAACUAACCGAAGCUAUUGAAAGUGGCAUUAUUGAUGACGAGAACAGCAUUUAUAUCUUACCAAACGGCAAUCAAAUUAAUCUUCUUGACGCUAAGCAUCGCGGCCUGAUAGUAACAACUAAGAAGAAUCUGAGCCUCGAAGAGAUUAUUAGAAACGGUCUCUUCAGAGCUGAUAACGGUAAGAUUGUUGAUCCUAGCACCAACGAAUUUAUCGAUAUAAACAAAGCUAUUGAAAUUAACCUACUCAACCCUGAUCUUACCGUAGUUAAAGAUAACUUCACCAACAAAUUCAAGCCCCUUCCAAAUGCCAUUCAACAAGGCGAUGUAGACGUCAGUAAGGGCAGAGUUAUUGAUACAAAGGCGAAGAAAACGUAUAGUUUAGAUAUCGCUUUUGACAAAGGUCUUCUCGUGACCGUUAUCCAACCUAUCACGUCUCAGACAGCUAAGAAACAUGUCACAGAGUCGUUAGCCUCUAAAGAGCCGACUCUUAGAGAAUUCACAUUAGACGAAGCUAUAAAAUACGAAUUUAUCGAUCCCGAAACAGCUGUCAUUAAAGACCCUCAUAAGAAUAAAUACAUUCCAUUAAAAUUAGGCAUCACUGAGGGCAUUAUCGAUAAAAACGCGAAGGGCUCAUUCGAUACACAGAAUAGGUCCCGUACACUUUGUUUCGUCUUUGAAAACGGUUUGAUUGUGUACGUCCGCGAACCUCUAACGUUUGAGCAAGCGAUCGAAGAAGGUCACUUGAACAUCGCUACCGCUCGCUUUACGGAUCCACAUUCCAACGAAGUGCUUACAAUUCGAGACGCGGCCGCUUUAGGCUACAUAGACCCAGACACAGCGCUCAUAAAAGAUAAUCUCAAGAAAAGGCUAGUCAAACUCCCUGAGGCAUUCCGUAAAGGCCUUAUGGACGCCGAAAAGGGCAACAUACUAGACACAGAGACCUCUAAACUGAACACCUUAACGGCCGCCAUUGAAAGUGGGCUCCUCAUGACUCCUAAGAAGAGCUUCAGCUUAAUUGAAACCUUGAACUUCGGUAUAUACAAUCCUACCACCGGAGCUCUCAAUGAUCCAUUCAUUACGACCAGCGUGAUGGACAGGAAGAGGUUGAACUUAGGCGAAGCGAUCGCUCAAGGAAUCGUAGACCCGUCAAGCACUGUCGUUAAAGAACCCGAGACAGGAAAGAUAAUGCCAUUGGUACAGGCGAUGGAACAGAAACUAGUUGAUCCCGUCGAAGGCAGGCUCACCAUAGAUCCAGUUAAAUCUAUCAGUCUGGACUUAGUCAAAGCUCUGAAGAAGGGCUACUUGCUGCCAGCAGAAACAAGGCAAGCAGUUGAGGAGAAAUACAGGCUUUGCGAUGAGACCUUGUCUAAGUUACUGGAAUGGAUCGCUGUGGUGGAAGAGAGACUGGCUAACCAGGAGGCCGUUAAGGAAGAUAUGGAUGAACUGAGGAAUCAAAUUAAUAUUCUUAAGCUGAUCAAGGACGACCUGGAGAGCCACCAGCGCCAGGUGUCAGCCUGCGCAGACCAGGCCAAGCAGCUGCUCGUCUCCGGAGGCGACGUGCUGGCUCCUCAUGAGGUGGCAGCACUGGAGCGUGGCGUGAGACAGCUGAAGCAGCGUUGUGACAAGUGCACAGAUAAAUGUGACAAGAUGCUGCGCCGUUUGGCCGCAGCUAGGGACGAGCUGGGCAAAUUCAGCAACGAACUAAAUGCCUUCAACACCUGGAUGGAGAGCGCGUACCGUACUCUAGAAGACAAAGAGGCAGCUCUCUCCAAGCUCAACAGCCUCCCCGACCAGAGCGAGGAUGUGCGCGAGUUCGUGUCGGAUGUCAUCGCGCAUCAGGCUGAUUUGAGGUUCAUUACUAUGUCGGCGCAGAAGUUCGUCGAUGAGAGCAAGGAAUUCCUCUCAAUCCUCAACGAGUACCGCACGUCCCUUCCCUCCCGCCUCUCCCACAUCGCUCCGCGCGGCGACAGCGCGGUGCGGGAGGGCGCGGGCUCGGCGCGGCGCCGACACGCGGACCUGUGUGCGCGGGCGCAGAGGCUGCAGGACAGGCUGAGAGGAGCCGCUGAUGUUACCCGACAUUAUCAUGAUGCUCUGCAGAGGGCUGGCAGGUGGAUUAGUGAGGUGGAACCACAAGUGAACUCAGCGCUAUCCGAGCCAGUGGGCGGAGAGCCGCGAGCGGUGGAGUCGCAACUGUCGAAGGCCAAAGCUUUGCACAACGAGAUCAUCUCGCAGGGACGGCUCAUUGAUAAUGCUAAGGAUGCUUGCGAGAACCUAGUAAAAUCCCUAGAAGGCAAUCUCACCCCAUCUGAGAUCCGCCAACUCGAAGUGCCCGUUCUAGACCUGACUGCCCGUUACAAGGACAUAGUCGAGGGUAUAGGGUCACGGUGCUCGGAGCUUGAAGCUGCCUUACUGCAGUGCCAGGGUCUGCAGGAUGCUGCAGAGACUCAGGCACACUGGGUCGGACAGGCUGAGAGCUUGUUCAAGAGCCAACAAAAACCAGCCUCCCUUAUCCGGGAACGCCUAGACGAACAGAUGCGCGAACAACGCAUCGCCAUUGGCGAGUUGGAAGCCAGACGGCCAACGUUGGCCAAACUGUUGGCCAGCGCCCGCCAAGCUGCGCUCACGCCUUCAAACGCGAGAAUCGCUAAGAAAUUAGAGCAGAGAGCUGAUGAUAUUUAUGCAAGAUACGAGAAACUACUGGAACGUUCGAGCAAACGCGGCGAGUUCCUCGAAGAAGUAUCAUCAGAGUUGGCCCAGUUCACCGCUCAGGCCUCGACGCUCGACGCUGCGUACUCCCAGCUGAUCGAACAAGCUGAUACCAGGGAGCUGGCUAGGAUGCCUGCUGAGGAGAUAGGGGGCAGGUUGACGCAGUUGGCUCAGUUCAGGGACAAACAAAUGCCACUAUUGGAGGAAUGCCUACGCAACGGCAAACAACUCAUCUCUAAGAAGGAUGUUACCGACACACAUGUCAUCCGUGAUAGGAUGAAGGCUCUAGAGAACCAGUGGCGUGAUUUCAACGCUACUCUAGAAGAGAAACAGAAGCUGUCCAAGCAGAGAGCCGACCAACUCAACCAGUACGAGAGCCUUAAGAUACAAGUCCUAGACUGGCUGCAAUCCAUGGAGAACCGGGUAACCCGGUUACAACCGGUAGCAGUGGACCUCGACGUUAUCAAACAACAGCAGGACGAGCUCAGACCCCUGGCUAAGGAGUACAGGGACUUCUCUAUUACUAUCGAUAAGGUGAAUGAAGCCGGUGCGGUUUACGAGGCGUUGACCCGCGGCGACCGCGCGGACAGUCCGCAUAGAAAGCGACAGAUCUACAGCCCUACUAAACGACAGACGCCUAGCCGCACAUUGGACGGUCGUUCCCCAUCACCCAGCAAGGGCCACGGUCUUGUCAGUCCUGGCUCCACACACUCUACGUCUAGCGGAUUCUCUUCAAGACGCUCCAGCCAGGAUGGAUUCCAUCUUGAAGAGCUAUCCCCAGUCCAGCAGCAACUAUCGGAGAUCAACAACCGCUACAGUCUGCUCGGCACCAAGCUUUCAGACAGGACUGCUGAGCUGGACGCCGUGAGAGAAGAGCUCAGAAAGCAUCUCGACAGUCUGAGGGCGCUUAACACUUUCUUAGACAAGGUUCAACGCCAGCUGCCCAAGGAGUCUGUUCCCAACACGAAGGAGGAAGCCGAUAAGACCAUUAAGCAAGCUCGCGCCGUGCUCGAAGAGAUGUACGAGAAGCAAAGCAUUCUCGACUCUACUAAGACUCAGGUUCGCGAGCUUCUUAAGCGCAAACAAAGCGUACUGGGCGCUGACAGACUGCACGACGAGAUGGAAGAUGUCGCGUCCAGAUGGAAGGCGCUGCACGACGCCUUUAAGGACAAGAUCCGCCUGAUGGAAGAGAUGAAGGACUUCCACGACACUCACAGCAACCUGUCGCAGUGGCUGCUGGCUAAGGACCGCAUGAUGGCCGCGCUCGGGCCCAUCUCCUCAGACUCCAGGAUGGUGCAGACGCAAGUGCAGCAGGUGCAAGUCCUCCGCGAAGAGUUCCGUGGCCAGCAGCCGCAGCUGGCUCAUCUCGAGGAAGUGGGUGCUGCGGUACUGGACCGCCUCGAACCCUCGUCUCCCGACGCCAACAAGCUGAGGCAGAAGGUCACUGAUGUUCAGGAUAGGUGGAACGAUUUGUUGAACAAACUGGAACAACGCGCAGACAGUCUGGGCGCGAUGGCGGACACGUCGCGCGAAUUCGACGCGGGACUCGCGCGUUUACGCGACGCUCUGCAUGCCAUCGCCGACAAACUCGACGACACGGCCACUGAGACUGAGCCUGAUGAACUGUUGAGGAAGAUUGAGAACCUAGAACGCCAACUAGAAGGUCAGCGACCUCUCCUCGCAGACCUCGAAGGCGCCGGAGCAGCGCUAGCUCAAGUGCUCUCCGACCCGUCCUCCAGGCAGGACAUACAGAGCAAGUUGGCAGCUGUGGCCAGACAGUAUGAUAACCUGCAGAGGAAACUGGACCAUAGGAAGGCGGAAAUAGAGGCUGCUUUGAAGGACGGCCGCAACCUAGAAGAGAACGUAGCCCGCACCCUAGGCUGGCUGCAAUCGGAGCUGAACUCCCUACCCUCGCGGCUGCAAGUAUCAGCCGAUGCCACUAAGCUGCAGCAGCAAUUGGAACGACAUGAGCCGUUAUAUAGAGAGCUGACUCAGAGGGAACAUGAGCUUAUUAUGUUGUUGGAUAAAGGCCGCGAGAUGGAGAAGAAGCCAGCGCAUCAGAACUUGCGCAAGGAUCUCGACAGGAUUCAGACGCAAUGGGACAAACUCAAACGCGAGACUGUCGAUAGACACACUAGGUUGCAGACUGCUAUGGAGCACUGCCGCAAAUUCCACAAGGCACAAGAAUCCUUCGUACCCUGGCUCUCAGACCUGGAAGACAGGCUCGCUAAGCUGCCAGCCACCGCUUUCACGAAGAAGGAGGUUGAAAAGCAGCUGCGAGAACUGCAGCAGAUCAGAAAUGAUAUCUGGAAGAGGUCUGGUGAAUAUGAGAACAACAAGACGCUUGGUGAGACGUUCAUCUCGGCGUGCGAUGUAGAUCAGGAUGUGGUCAGGAAGCUGUUGGAUAGCAUGAAGGAGAGAUGGGAUAGGAUUAACAACGAAGUGCUUCAACAAGUAGAAUUCCUAGAAACAACAGCUCGCAAGCUCGGCGAGUUCGCCGAACGCGUCCGAGCGGUCGACACUCCGCUGCAGCGCUGCGAGGAGCGACUGCAGGAGGCUCUCGCCGCGCCGCCCGCGCAGGCCGCCGAGGCCGUCGCCAGGCUCGCCGACCAGAUACAUGCGCUUAGAGCGCCACUACAGAGCAUCAACUCAGCAGCGGACGACAUAGUGUCCCUAGCUCUGGAAUGUUCCGGCCGUGAUGCGGCGUCCCGCGCUCGGGAAGUGCUGGAAGAACAGGCUCAGGCUCUGGCUGAUAGGCUGGAAGACCUGGAAGCUAGGGCUGGAGAUGCUAAGGGCAAGAUGGCUGGUGCUGCUGCUGCUAUGACGCUUUUCCAGGACAAAGUAAAGAACCUCUCCCACGACCUAUCGGACUUAGAAAAGGAACUAGACGGCAUGAAGCCCCCCGGACGAGACAUAAAGACCGUCCGCCAACAGUUGGACGACAUCGGUCGAUUCUACAAGCGAUUGGAGAAGGCCGAUGACCUCGUCGGAGAUACUGAACGCGCGGCCGAGACGUUGGUCGACAGUGGGUACACUGUUGAUAGUGCUAAGACUAGGGAUCAGGUGGAAGGACUUCGCAAACAGCUAGCGAAGUUGGACGAACGCGCUCGCUCCAAGGAACAAGAUCUGGACGAUACGCUCAGCAAACUGGAGGCAUUCUACAAAGCUUACGAUUCCGUCAUGGAUGAUGUUAGCGAGGCCGCAGAACAAGUCAGAAGCCUCAAACCUGUCUCCUCAGAAGUCGAACAGAUCAGAUCCCAACAGAAAGACUUCGCAGAACUGAAGCGCCGAACCCUGGAGCCUCUCGGUCAGAACGUGGCUCAUUGCAACAAGAUCGGCCAGGGGUUGGUCCGGUCGGCUUUGCAGGGAGUUAAUACCCAGGUGCUAGAGAAGGAUCUGGAGAAAAUGAAUGACAAGUGGAACGCUUUGAAGGAGAAGAUGAACGAGCGCGAACGUCGCCUCGACGUAGGUCUCCUACAAUCGGGCAAGUUCGCCGAAGCUCUCGCUGGCUUAGAGAAAUGGCUCGCUGAUACCGAAGAUAUGGUGAACAACCAGAAACCACCCUCCGCUGAUUAUAAGGUGGUUAAAGCUCAGCUGCAGGAACAGAAGUUCCUCAAGAAAAUGCUAAUGGACCGUCAGAACUCGAUGUCCUCGCUAUUCGCGAUGGGUAACGAGGUGGCGGGCGGCUGCGAGGCUGCCGAACGUAAGGCCAUAGAGAAACAACUGAAGGGCCUGAUGCAGAGGUUCGAUGCUCUCACUAAUGGUGCUCAGCAGAGGAUGCUGGAUCUUGAGCAGGCUAUGAUGGUCGCGAAGCAAUUCCAGGAAGAACUGCAGCCGCUGGUAGAAUGGCUCGGCACUACAGAACGCAAGGUGAAGUCGCUGCAACUCGUGCCCACUGACGAGGAGAAGAUACAGCAUAAGAUCAGGGAGCAUAAGAACUUACACGAGGACAUAAUCUCGAAGCAGCCCGCGUUCAAGCAACUAACGGAAACUGCCUCCACUCUGAUGGGACUGGUCGGUGACGAUGAAGCCACAGCCUUGGCUGACAGGCUGCAAGCCGCUACUGACAGAUACCAAGCCCUAGUAGACCACAGUCUCAACAUCGGGGACCUUCUGGAAGCAUCCCGCAAGGGUCUCCGUCACCUAGUGCUGACCUACCAGGACUUGUCUGCCUGGAUGGACUCUAUGGAACAAUACCUGGCUAAGAGGAAGAUUCUGCCCGUCCAUAUGGAGAAACUGUUGAGGCAAAUGGAUGAGCUCGCUGAAAAAACCGAAGAGAUAGCAUCCAAACAAGAAGCGGUAGACAGCACAGUGGAAUCCGGCCUGGAACUCAUGAAGCACAUAUCUGGUGACGAGGCUCUACAGCUGAAAGACAAGCUGGAUGCUCUACAGAGGAGAUACAACGAUCUGACUAGCCGGGGCGCUGAGUUGUUGAGGGUGGCUUCGGAAACCUUGCCGCUGGUGCAGCAGCUUUAUAAUAGUCAUGGCAGACUAACCGACUGGAUGGCUGGAGCGGAAUCGUGCCUACAAUCAGUGGAGCCUCGUGAGGAAGAUAUUCUCCGCCUUGAAGCUGAGCUGCAAGAGUACAGACCCGUGUUGGAGAACAUCAACCAGAUUGGGCCACAGCUGUGCCAGAUUUCCCCCGGAGAAGGCGCGACACACAUUGAGAGCAUAGUGACGCGCGACAACCGACGCUUCGACGCCAUCGCAGAACAAGUGCAGCGCAAGGCUGAGAGACUGUUGCUUAGCAAGAAGCGUUCCCUGGAAGUGGUAGGCGACAUGGAAGAAGUCCUAGAAUGGCUACGCGGCGUAGACUCCGCGCUACGAGCCGCCGAGCCGCCGUCCUGCGACGCGCCGACAGUUCGCGCUCAGCUCAAGGAACAGAGGCCGUUGAGUGAUGACGUAGCGGCGCAGAGAGUUAGGGUCAGGGACCUGCUUAGUCAGGCUAAGAAGGUCCUCCGCGAAUGUCAGUCAUCAGAAGAGACAGCCGUCAUCCGCGACCGCAGCGAGGAGCUAAAGGAGAUGAUGGAGGAAGUGGGGCAUCUCAGCGCGGAGCGACUCGCCGCGCUUGAGCAAGCGUUGCCGCUUGCUGAGCACUUCGCUGAUACACAUCAUGGUUUGUCAUCAUGGCUGGACGACAUGGAGAAACAGAUUCAGAUGCUGGCGAUGCCGGCGCUUCGACCCGAACAAAUCGUUCAGCAGCAAGACAAGAAUGAAAUGCUGCAACAAUCGAUCAACAACCACAAACCACUAGUAGACAAACUGGUGAAGACGGGCGAAGCGCUGUCGAAGCUCUGCGGAGACGACGACGCCGCUAAAGUACAGGACAUCGUCGACGGCGACUGCGAGAGAUACAACGCGCUUAGAGCCGAACUCAGGCAGAGGCAACAGGAACUCGAGCAGGCAUUACAAGAAUCGUCUCAGUUCUCUGACAAGCUGGAAGGCAUGUUACGCGCUCUGUCGGGCGCCGCGGACCAGCUGCACCGCGCCGAGCCCGUGUCCGCACACCCGCCCAAGAUUGAAGACCAAAUCGAUGAGAACAACGCUCUAGUAGAAGAUCUAGAGAAGAGAACGGAAGCUUACAACGCGGUACAACGCGCGGCGUCUGACGUCAUCAGCAAGGCCAACAAGAGCGAUCCAGCUGUGAGGGAUAUUAGGAAUAAGCUUGAUAAGCUUAAUAAACUAUGGGGCGACGUACAAAAAGCCAGUUCGGAACGAGGCAACUCGUUAGACGCCACACUAGAGGUGUCCCGUCGCUUCUGGGCGGCUCUACACGCCGUCAUGGCGCAGCUCGGCGAGCUGGAAGACACGCUGUGUGCGCAAGCGCCGCCCGCCGCGCAGCCGCGGGCUAUUCAGGCGCAGCAAGUUGCCUUGCAGGAGAUUAGGCACGAAAUUGAUCAUACUAAGCCUGAGGUUGAGAAAGUCCGCAAGACCGGAUCAACUCUCAUGUCUCUCUGCGGAGAACCGGACAAGCCAGAAGUGAAGAAACAUAUGGAAGACCUGGACAGCGCGUGGGAUAACAUCACCGCGCUGUAUGCGAGGAGGGAGGAGAACCUUAUCGAUGCUAUGGAGAAGGCUAUGGAGUUCCAUGAUACGCUACAGAAUCUCCAAGAGUUCCUCGACUCUGCGGAAGACAAGUUCUCCCGCAUGGGACCCCUCGGCUCAGACAUCGAUGCCGUCAAGCGUCAGAUCGCACAACUAGCCUCCUUCAAGCAGGAAGUCGACCCUCAUAUGGUGAAGGUUGAGGCACUUAAUAGGAGUCUUAUGAGGCAAGCACAAGAGCUCACUGAACGAACAUCUUCCGAACAAGCCGCCGCGAUCAAGGCGCCUCUAACCGAGGUCAACUCUCGCUGGUCGGCCUUGCUCCGAGGCAUGGUGGAGAGGCAGCAGCAGUUAGAACGAGCCUUACUGAGACUUGGGCAGUUACAACAUGCCUUGCAAGAGUUGUUGUCCUGGAUUGAGAAUACUUCGGCUACGUUGGAUACUUUGAAACCGGUUGCCGGCGACCCACAAAUCCUCGAAGUGGAGCUAGCCAAACUCAAAGUGCUAGUAAACGACAUCGCGGCCCACCAAGCGAGCGUGGACACGCUGAACGACGCCGGCGCACAGAUCGUGCAGCAGGGUACGGGUACGGACGAGGCUGGCGAGACCGCUGAGAAGCUUGCAACACUCAACAGAAAAUGGCGCGAAUUACAACAGAAGGCCAGAGAUAGGCAGACUGAGCUUGAAGAUGCGCUUAGAGAGGCUCAGAGCUUCAACGCGGAAAUCGGAGACCUGCUUAGCUGGUUAUCUGAAGUGGACAGCGUGAUCGCCGCUUCUAAGCCCGUCGGCGGCCUGCCCGAGACUGCCUCUGAACAACUCGAGCGGUUCAUGGAGGUAUACAACGAGAUCGAAGCGAACCGCCCGAAGGUGGAGGCAGUCCUGCAGCAAGGACAGGAGUACCUCAAGAAGCAGGAGCGCCCCAACCCCACCUCGCAGCUGCAUCAUAACCUCAAGAACUUGAAGUCACGAUGGGAUAAUGUUACUGCUAGGGCGUCAGACAAGAAGAUAAAGCUAGAGAUAGCUCUGAAGGAAGCGACAGAGUUCCACGACGCGCUGCAAGCCUUCGUGGACUGGCUCACCAGCGCUGAGAAGACUUUGACAUCUGCCAAACCCGUGUCUAGAGUCAUGGAGACGCUGCUUACCCAAAUCGAAGAGCACAAAUCCUUCCAAAAGGAAGUAGCUACCCACCGCGAGACCAUGCUACACCUCGACAAGAAGGGAACUCAUCUCAAGUACUUCAGUCAGAAGCAAGAUGUCAUACUGAUCAAGAACUUGCUGGUUUCCGUACAGCAUCGCUGGGAGAGAGUCGUGUCUAAAGCCGCGGAGAGAACCAGGGCUUUGGAUCAUGGGUUUAAGGAAGCUAAGGAGUAUAAUGAUAUGUGGCACAACCUUAUGAACUGGUUGAACGACACAGAACAACAACUGGAUACGUUCAAUGCUGAGGCCACUGUCAACGACCCGGAGAAGAUCAAACAGAGGUUAACAAAACACCGCGAGUUCCAAAAGGCUCUAGCCGCCAAACAGCCAGUCUACGACCAGACAAUGAAGACUGGUAAACAGCUGAAGGACAAAGCUCCUAAGGGCGACGAGAAUACUCUGAAGACCAUGAUGUCUGAUAUGAAGACCAAGUGGACUACUGUCUGCUCCAAGGCUGUUGACAGACAACGCAAGCUAGAAGAAGCGUUACUCUACUCAGGACAGUUCAAAGACGCCAUGUCGGCUCUGCUGGACUGGUUGAAGAAACAACAGAAAGAACUGGGUCAGGAUUCACCUGUACAUGGUGAUCUGGAUACAGUAAUGGCACUUAUUGAGCAGCAUAAGCAAUUCGAGGAGGAUCUUCACUCACGCGAACAACAAAUGCAUUCCGUCAUGAAGACCGGUAAAGAUCUAGAAGCAACGGUGCCUCGUGAAGACGCAGCAAGUAUUCGGCAACAGUGCAGUGAGCUGAAGACCGCUUGGGAGGCUGUUCAGUCUCUCAGCGAGAAGAAGGCUCAUAAGCUUGAGACUGCGCUUAAAGAGGCCGAAAAACUUCACCGUUCAGUGAACAUGCUUCUCGAAUGGCUCUCCGACGCCGAAACCAAGCUUCGAUUCUCCGGCCAGCUACCCGAAGGCGACCAGGAAACCCAACAACAGAUCCGCGAACACGAACGAUUCGUUCGCGAACUUAACGAAAAGCAGAGAGACAAGGAUGAUACUAUCACUCUUGCUCACUCUAUCUUGAGUAAGGCACACCCAGAUGCUGUUACUGUGAUCAAACACUGGAUUACUAUUAUUCAGAGUCGGUGGGAUGAGGUAUGGCAAUGGGCGAUGCAGCGUGGCAGCAAGUUGGAGACGCACAUGCAGAGCCUGAAGGACUUGGACCUGGUGCUCGAAGAACUGCUGCAAUGGCUCAUCGGGUUGGAGAACACACUGCUAUCACUCGAAUCGGAACCGUUACCGGAAUCGAUUGAGCUACUCGAAGGUCUCAUUGAGGACCACAAGGAACUGAUGGAGCAUACACAGAAGAGACAGAACGAGGUAGACCGAGUCUGCAAGGCUUACCAGGUCAAGAGUCAAAGCCAAGGUCGGGAGAGCACACCAAGGAAGGUUUCCGCCAAGACCGCCACUAAGGGAGCACCUGGUCGCGGUUCUCAGCACGACCUCAAUAGGGAGAGAUCGGUUUCGCCUGAUUAUUACGGAUCUAGGCGGUUCAGUCGCGUGAGCCCUGGACGAGAGACGCCUGAUCGAAACCUACCGCACUACGGCCCCAGGUUCCCGGCUAAGGGAAGCAGCAAAGGCGCCGAGCCUGAGUUCAGGUCUCCUCGCGUCAAGCAACUAUGGGACAAGUGGCGUACUGUGUGGCUUCUCGCGUGGGAGAGACAGAGGAGGCUGCAUGAACGUCUCAUGCAUCUGAAGGAGCUGCAGCGAGUGUCUAACUUCAGUUGGGAUGACUGGAGGAAGAGGUUCCUGAAGUUCAUGAACCACAAGAAGUCCCGUCUGACGGACCUGUUCCGCAAGAUGGACAAGGACAACAACGGUCUCAUACCGCGACACGAGUUCAUCGACGGAAUUAUCAACACCAAAUUCGACACAUCCCGCUUGGAGAUGGGCGCCGUUGCCGACCUGUUCGACAGGAACGGUGGCGGCCUCAUCGACUGGGAAGAGUUUAUCGCAGCGCUCAGACCUGACUGGGUUGAACGCCGUGGUCCUCCGACCGACGCGGAUAAGAUCCACGAUGAAGUGAAACGCCUCGUCAUGCUCUGCACUUGCCGGCAGAAGUUCAGGGUGUUCCAAGUCGGAGAGGGCAAAUACAGGUUCGGUGAUUCGCAAAAACUUCGCCUGGUCCGAAUCCUCCGGUCGACCGUCAUGGUCCGAGUCGGAGGCGGUUGGGUCGCCCUCGACGAGUUCUUGGUCAAGAACGAUCCCUGCAGAGCUGAGGAGUUUAUGGAGCAGCUGAGGCCUAUAUUUGAGGCUCUACGGCAGCGCGAGGAGCUUCCGUGUUCCUAUCCUCUGCACGUCGGUUCAACACAUGGCACUAAGCAGGCGUUCAUAUACGGCCACUCAAGAUCUCAAGGUUCCACCACGCCGGGCGCGCAUCAUUAUAGCCACCACCAUGGCUACCAGCCCUCUCCAGGAUAUCAUUGGGUAAGGGAGCGUACUGCUCGUUCCGUACCAAUGUCCGCGGGAGUAGUGGCUGGCAGAGCGUCGAGGUCUUCCCUGAGCGCUGGUACACCUGACUCCUUGAGUGACAAUGAAGCAGCAAGUGGACUUGGAGCGAGGUACAGGAAACCCAGCGUGCCAAGGUCAACAUUAACGCCCGGAGGAUCUCGACCAGGCUCAAGACCAGGUUCACGAGCCGGAUCAAAACCACCUUCAAGGCACGGAUCAAAUCUCUCUCUAGAUAGUACAGAUGACGUAUCGACACCAUCUCGCAUCCCGAUGCGUAGGGUGACGAAUACCAAGACGUCGAUAGCUCGCGCGGCCGCCAACGCCAGCAAGCUUGGCGUCACGACACCCAAUGGAGGAUCUCGACCGCGCACACCAACCGGCUUCCUGACCCCAGCUAGCGGAAGGUAUGCUACCGGCGGGAUGUACCGCACGUCAAGUAUACCGACACUGUCACCGGUGCCGGCGUUAGUGAGCUCGACACAUUCCCAGCCAUCCUCAAUGGCGUCCGAACAUCCCAAAUCCUUAUCCCAUACUCAUCCAGCAUUCCAAACACAAGGUUCCACAAAAAUUCCAGUUUACGUUGGCAACCGCUCUCACCGCUCCCCGUCCGUUGAGAGGCGAUUGAAAAUAUCCAGAAAAUCUCACUCUCGAGAAACUUCCCAAGAACCCAGUCCCACUUCCCAAGGCCCCUCGAGGAAGUCAGAGCAGAGAAGUCCCGAAGACGACUCCUCACUAUUCAGCAUAUCGGGAAUGACGAGCGACAAUGAAUAUGAGAGUAAUAUAAGCGAGUCGAGCGGCGAAGCGUCUAAGCCGACCCAGCGCGACGUUAAAGGGAGUGGGUCGUUUGCCUCUACUGAAGGACAAACGCCCGGCCGAAGUCGCAUCCCAGUACUAAAGGAUCACCAUACUAACAGUAAUACGAAUAGGCAAAGGACGCCCUCUGGGAGCACAACGCCAGUGCGAUCAGGUCAGCAGACCGCGGUGACUCGGCUGAUGAGGAAGCCGUCAGACUCGUCCGACGCGGGCACGCCUACCACGCCUGCCUCACGACGCGGUACUCCUGCAUCAUCUCGAACUACGGAGAAACGCGAACCAUUCCGACUUUAGACGAUAAAAAUAACGCCAACCCCACACACUUUGUAAUUGUGAACUUAUCAAAAUUAUGAAGUUGGGGAUAUCACCUACGCUAUGCAAGUCGCUCUGACGUUAAGCUAUUCAAUUUAAAAUCAUGUUUAAUCAAUUGCCAAAAUUAUUAUAUACCCCACCUUUAAAAUUUUUACCACGAGAGAGCGGCUCGCAUGGACGUGGGCAAGUGCCGACAUAACAUUUAAUAACUAACAUAAAUUAACCAACGCGCGAAUUAAGCCAAGCUUAAUAAAAAAAUACGCCAAUAUGGCUUUUAAUUUAAGUGAGAACAAUUUAUAGAUAAUGGUAUUAGUAAAACUUAAAGUCUGCACUUGUUGCCUUGUAUUUUUUUCUAAAAUCCGCGCCAGUUUUUGCACUUCGUAAUUUCUUGUUUUAUUUAUUUGUGCUGUCGAGAUUUACAGGACAUGUUUGUUCAUGAGUCGAUGUGAAUAAAAUACUUUCUCUUAUUUAUUGUCAACGUUGCCAUAAUUGUUAGUGUACCUAUGUUUUUGUAUGUAAAAUGCGUAUUAAUGUCUCUAUACAGAGGCUGGUAAAGUGUGAUGACGAUUUUAAUAUUGUUUUCUUUAGGGACCAUUUGGUUUAACGGAUUAAUGAAGAUAGGUGAUUGUUGACUAUGGCUUUGAGACUGUCGCACUCUUGCGCGUAUUUCGCCAGAUAUGCGUUCAGACAGAUGGUUUCAAAGCUAUCAUCCGCAAUCUGUUAAGGUGAUAAUAGAAUACUUUUUCUUUUGUAAUGCACAAUUAUGUGUUUCCCUUCAUAUUUUUAAGUCUUAUUUGUCAUAAGACCUGAUUUUUGAUUUGAUAAUUAUUCUUCUGUUUUAUACACUUUCUGUAUAUAAUUUAUGUAUUUAUCACAAUCUCAAAUCGAGAAAAGAAACAGAUAUUUCGUUUGAUAAAACAGUACUCCUGGCUUUCGCCAGGGUCGGGAGUGUCCUACGUGUUUAUAAAGGAAUCAAAAAUCUGAUCAUGAUGACCGAAAUAUUUAUAAGUAAAUCAAGUACAGUGUCGUAAAAGACGUUGUUUAUUAAAGCGCUAAGAAUAUUUUGAUAUUUAUUGAAAUAAUGCUUUAAAAUGUAACCUCUUUCAAAAUGUUAACCAUCGCUCACCAUUUAUUUGUAAGUUUUUAAUAUAAAUCUGUCCCUGUUAUUAAGCUUAAUUAUUAUUAUUACGAAAAAUUAUUAAUCUGGUCAUUUUUAUUUAAAUCAUUGUUAUAUUUGUUAUGUAAAAUCGUGGCAAAUCUACUAAAAGGCUUAUGAUAUUUUUUGUAUAAAAGGAUAUCGUUGCAUUACAACUGUUUAAAAUCUCAUAACAAAAUACCUAUCAAAUAAAUGAAAAGUAACAAUUA